AUGCUACAUUGCGUGACCAACUACUGGAAAGUUGUUGUUCCCACCAAGUCCGUCGCCGAGCUCGACGCUGACCAGUGGCUAUUUGUCGCCACGUUCGAUGGCACGACGUACUUCUGGUUUCCGCGGCUCCAGUUCUCGCGGUGGUGGCUUCUUGCCGUGUGCAGCCUGGCCAACUUAUGCACCGGCUCGCUUUUGGCGUUUACUUCGCUCUACGACGGCCUGGACGUGUACUUUUACGGGAGCCAGACGAAGGAGUCUGUGUCGAUCCAGCUGCAGACGUAUGUGUGGCUGGGAUUGUCCGCCGCUGUGUCCGGGCCGCUCGUCGAGAAGCGGGGGGCUCGAUUCGGCAUGACUGCCGGGACCGUCGUCAUCGCGGUUGGUUUCGUUAUGUCGCAGCUGGCUGUCGGCGCGUUCAGCCCGACGUUCCUCACUGUCGGGUAUGCUGUCUUUUGCGGGGCCGGGUUUGGCUUGGUGUUGAUUGCUACGAUGGCGGCGACUCAAAAGUGGUUCCCCGACCUGCGCGGCCUCGUCUCCGGCGUCCUCAUGUUUGCCUUUGGCGUCGGCAAUGCCAUGUGGACUGCCAUCUACACCAAGCUCCUGCAUCGUCGAGGUCUCUUCGAUCCUGUCACGGACGUCACAAACGUCCCGACCAUCUUCUGGAGCAACGGGCUCGCGAUCGUUUUGGCGCUUGUUCUCGCCUCGCUCGUGAUUCGGACCCCGCCCAGCACAUUCACUGUGAAUGGCCACGAUAUCCACUGCGUCCCGGAGACCAAGGCGCCGGACCCCAAACAUAUCGAAGACGAGUACCUCAAACUCGGCAUGACACUAGUCAACUACUCGGUCGUCCAGCGCGAAUUGGAAGGCACGGACAUGCACUAUUUUGCCCAAGUCAAGGCGCUGUCGCUGCUCCAAUGCAUCUUUUCGUCCGACUUUUUGUGCCUGUACGUGGCAUUUGCGGCCACAAUCAUCCCGGCUCAAGUGCUGUCGACGGAGCUCGUCGACAUUUGCACGGGCGUGUUUCACGAAUCGAUCGACGCGACCAACGCGCUCAUGACGACCGGAGUCUUGGUCAAUGCCGCCGGGCGCCUUGUCGUUCCCCUCAUAUCGGACGCUUUCAUUCGCAUCUUCUACGCCAACCCGGCCUUGGCGCGCAAAGCUGUCUUGAUGCUCGUACUGACGUACCAGGUCGUCUAUCUCGUCAUGGCGCCGAAAGCCACGAUGGCAUUCACGGCCUUCCGCGUGUUUUCACUGAGCUUUGUCUUUGCAUCCGGCGGGAGCAUGGCUAUCAUUCAGUGCUUUGCCACCGACAUGUUUGGUGUGUACCAUGCCGGCACGAUGUAUGGUCUCCUGCUCACGUGCUGGUCCUUACGGGCGAUUCUGGUCGGGUACGCCUUCUCGACCUUCCAAGUCACGGCGGCGUCGUUUCAGCUCCAGCUCGAAUGGAUGGUUGGGAUGGCUCUGGUCGGAUGGGUGGCUCUCGUGUUUGUUCGAACCAACUCGAUGGACCGGUUCUUCGUCGGGUAUCAGUAUUCCAUCUGCGGCCGCAUCGUGUUUCAAUACGCCUUCCAUCCAAACACCAACGCGUUGGACGACCAUGACGUUGUGACAAUUCCCGCGCCCGGCGCCGCGCAUUCCCUUUCCGACAACGACUUCAUGCUGUGGCCAGCGGAGACGACUCAAAGCCCCCGACCGUCGUUCACUCGCCAUUCCAGCAUGACGCCACAGCCACACACACACUUGCAUUGGCCAUGACACUGCGUGAGGCAUGCGCACCACUCUGUGCCAAGGUCGCCUACGCGCAUCGCGGCAUCUUGUGGUGGCAUCAAUUUAUUGGAACGGGGGCGUGUGCUCGUAACACAAGACGAUAAUGGCAUCAUGGAGGUGCUGUGAAUUGCA